GAACUACUUCCACAGCGAAGUAGCCCUGAUUUUACGCUAUAAAUACCUACCUUGAGGGCUUCCACUUUUUGGUUUUUUUUUUUACUCCGAUUUAUGCACACCCGAGUUACCUGGAUACUCUACUACAGGACAUGACAGGUGCAACAUGCAUUGAACUUACCAGUGACUCACCACAGGCUGAGGUCAGGUUAAAUGAUGAGGAUAUAGAACAGUUGCUUUGUGAGGCUGAGGAUCGAUUGAGACCCAGUGAUGUUGGGGCCAACUCUUCUAAUGCCAAUAGCUUCACCAAUGUGGGUUUGGAGGCAACCUCAGUUCAUAUCCCUAAGUUGGCGUCAGGGGACUCCCUAAGACCAUAUGUCCGUCAACAACAUGAUGUUGCAGUGGUGGAAGAUGCCAUCAAAGUAACAGAUAGCUCUAGCAUGAGACCGUCACUCGAGAUGCGACCGACUGGAUACAAACACUCAAAGCCAAGUUCCAAGGAUAAACCCACAGCUGGCAGCGCAUGGUUCGACCUUCCAAAGACGGAGUUGACAACAGAACUCAAGAGGGAUCUGCAGUUGCUUCGAAUGCGCUCAGUAUUAGACCCAAAGAGACAUUACAAGAAGGAGGGCGGCAAAGCACGUCCUCCUCAGUAUUCUCAAGUGGGAACCAUUAUCGAAGGUCCGACUGAGUAUUUCAGUAGCCGCAUCGCGAAAAGGGAUCGAAAGAGGACUUUCGUCGAGGAAGCACUGGCAUCGGAGAGAGAAAACAAGCGAUUUGAGGCUAAGUACAAGGAUAUACAAUCUCAUAAGCAGAGCGGCAAACGGUCCUACUACAAGAACUUGCGAGCGAAAAGAAACACGAAGAGCAAGUGAAUAAACAAGCUUCUGUUCAGACAAGCACGACGACCAGUCUUUGGUCAAAAGCAGUCUAAUUUGAAGCUUCUGAUAUUGCCGGAGCGUCUAGCUGUGCCCCAGUGCUCAACAGUCCUCUCCAUCA